AUGUUUGAUGCUGAUGGAAAUGGUUCUAUUGACAAAAAGGAACUGCUGAACAUCUUCAUGACUGUACAAGCCCUUAAUGGUCAGCAAACUCUGAGUCUUGAAGAAUUCGCCAACUUGGUGUUUCAUAAAAUUGAUAUAAACCAUGAUGGAGAAUUGACUUUAGAAGAGUUUAUCAGUGGAACAGUAAAAGAUCAGGAUCUUCUGGAAGUCAUUUCUGAGAACAUCAACUUCUCCAAUGUACUGAAAGUUAUCUGUAAUGGGAAGAAGGCAGACAUGAGAGGAGGUUUUCUUAAAACCCUCUAA